AUGGAAGGAGUGAAUGAGAACGCCUUAUCCCAGAGCUACUUUUGUGAAAAGAAAAGGAAGUUCAUAGAAAGAGAGAAAUGGAGCAACAAAUUGGAAUUCGUCCUGUCAGUUGUUGGAGGAAUUAUUGGACUGGGCAACAUUUGGAGGUUUCCUUAUCUCUGUUACAAGAAUGGAGGAGGUGCAUUCCUCAUUCCAUAUUUUUUAUUCCUCUUUACCUGUGGAAUUCCAGUGUUUUUCCUUGAAAUUGCACUUGGACAGUAUACAAGUCAAGGUGGAAUAACAGCUUGGAGAAAGAUCUGUCCCCUCUUUGAGGGUAUAGGUUAUGGAACAAUACUCAUUGAUUUGUAUCAGACUAUUUAUUACAUCAUUAUUCUCACUUGGUCUAUCUUCUACUUCUUCAAUUCAUUCUUUGCUGAACUGCCAUGGAUUCAAUGUGGACAACAAUGGAACACAGAUAACUGUGUGGAAUUUACUAAGAACUCCUCAGCUAGCAAUUGGACAAAAGGAGAAAAUGCCACCAAGCCCAUCAUUGAGUUUUGGGAGAAACGUGUACUGAGGGUGUCAGCUGGAAUUGAGCAUGUAGGUACUAUCCAUUGGCAACUAGCACUUUGCCUUCUGUUGAUCUGGAUUAUUUGCUUCUUCUGUAUCUGGAAGGGAGUUAAGUUAACUGGCAAGGUUGUAUACUUCACUGCUAUCUUCCCUUACGUGAUGCUUUCCAUUCUUCUCAUCAGAGGAUUAACUUUGCCAGGUGCUGCUGAAGGAGUUAAGUUCUAUUUAUCCCCUGAUAUUUCCAGGCUAGCUGACCCUCAGGUAUGGAUGGAUGCUGGUACCCAGGUCUUGUUUAGCUUUGCUGUCUGUUUGGGUGCCCUCAUUGCUUUGGGGAGCUACAAUGACUUCAAUAAUAACUGUUAUAGAGACUGUUUGUUCAUGAGUGCCUUGAAUAGUGGAACCAGCUUCAUAUCUGGGUUUGCCAUCUUUUCUGUCCUUGGAUUUAUGGCACUUGAGGAAGGAGUGCCCAUUUCUGAUGUGGCUACUUCUGGUCCUGGUCUAGCUUUCAUUGUCUAUCCAAAGGCAAUUACAUUGAUAGCUUUCCCUCAGCUUUGGGCCUGUUUGUUCUUUAUCAUGAUUAUCCUCCUGGGGCUGGACAGUCAGUUUGUAGGUAUAGAAAGCCUGGCAACAGCAAUAUUGGAUAUGUUUCCUGAGAUUUCCCAAAGAAAAUAUUCCAGGAUGAUAGUUAUCAUGGGCAUCUCAAUCUUUUCAUUUGCUAUUGGUCUAUUAAUGCUGACAGAGGGUGGGAUAUAUGUUUUUCAACUUUUCGAUACCUACGCAGUCAGUGGAACAUCUAUUCUGCUCCUGUCAUUGUUUGAAACAACCUGUGUCAGUUGGGUAUAUGGUGUCAACCGUAUCUAUGACAACAUUGAGGCAAUGAUUGGAUACAGGCCCUGGUCAUACAUGAAGUGGUGUUGGCUCGUCUUUACUCCUGGCAUAUGUCUUGGUACUUGUUUUUUCUCACUGAUUAAAUACAGCCCUCUCAAAUACAACAAAACGUAUGUAUAUCCAAUAUGGGGCUAUGCUUUGGGAUGGUUUCUUGCAAUCUCCUCCGUGUCAUGUGUUCCUUUUUGGAUGCUUUAUAAGAUCUGCACGACUGAAGGCACCCUUAAAGAGGUAAUGCAUUAUUUUGUUUAUAGACUUUGA